CACUAUGAAUGUUUAGAUUUUGAACGUUAGUGCAUUACCUAUUUAUUCUAAACGUUGUCAAAGCAUGUUUGUCUGAUUACUUGUAUGUUUGUGUGUGUUGUGCUCUGCAUGCAGUCAGCAAGACUCCGCGGCACCGGUCUAUGAAACACUACCAGCCCUUGGGCUCGGCAGAUUCCAACUACUCGCAGCCAUCCUCGGAGCUGUCGCUGGACGAAGACAAGGAGGCUCUGCGCCGCGAGAAGGAAGCGCAGGCUCUCUUACAGCUGGAUAAGGCCCGAUCGAAGCCGGUGGCGUUUGCAGUCCGCACAAACGUCGCGUACGAUGGCACGCUGGACGACGACUCGCCCGUGCACGGCAGCGCCAUCUCCUUCAACGAGCGCGACUUCCUGCACAUCAAGGAGAAGUACGACAACAACUGGUGGAUCGGGCGGCUGGUGAAGGAGGGCGAGGACGUGGGCUUCAUCCCGUCGCCCGUGAAGCUGGAGGCGGUGCGCACGGGGCUGCAGGCGCGCGGCCGCUACCAGCGCCCGCAGUCGGCCGGCCAGCCGCUCCCCAGCCGAGGUAGCACCCCUCCCACGCCCGGUGAGGAUUCAGAUUCAGCCGGUAGAGGUCGCGGCGCAGGGGCGUUACCUGCCAGUAAAGAAAAAAGAAAACCGUUUUUCAAAAAGCAGGAGGCUUGCACGCCGUACGACGUGGUGCCUUCGAUGCGACCCGUGGUCCUUGUGGGACCCUCGCUCAAAGGUUAUGAGGUCACAGACAUGAUGCAGAAGGCAUUGUUUGACUUUCUUAAGAGACGCUUUGAGGGCAGGAUCAUCAUCACCCGGGUGACCGCGGAUAUAUCGCUGGCGAAGCGCUCCUUGCUCAAUAACCCGCCAAAGAAACCUAUUAUGGACCGAACCAAUUCGAGAACCAAUUGCCUGGCCGAAGUGCAGACAGAAAUCGAGCGGAUAUUCGACCUGGCGCGGACGCUUCAGCUCGUGGUGCUGGACUGUGACACCAUCAACCACCCGUCGCAGCUGGCCAAGACCUCACUGGCGCCCACGAUUGUCUAUUUGAAGAUUUCUAGUCCAAAAGUGCUGCAGCGGCUGAUAAAGUCGCGCGGCAAGGGGCAGAGCAAGAACCUGUCGGUGCAGAUGGUGGCGGCGGAGAAGCUGGCGCAGUGCCCCAACGAGAUGUUCGACAUCGUGCUGGACGAGAACCAGCUGGAGGAGGCGUGCAGCCGCAUCGCUGAGCAUUUGGAGAAAUACUGGGCGGCGACGCAUCCCCCGGUGGUGGCGCCGAGCGCGCGUACGCCGCACGCGCCGCUGCCGCACGCGCAUCCGCACGCCGCUCCGCACCCGCACUCGCAGCAGGCGCAACCUGAACCCUCAUCGCAUUCCGGAGGACACCGCGAGAGGUCCGACUCUUACAGCUAUGAGAGAGGGAGAGGUAGAGCACGAGUCCCACGACCGGAGAGACUGGAGGAGGAAUACUACCCGCGGGACCACUACCAGCGGUAUCCUCGCGACUACCCCCGGGAGUACCACGAGGGGUACGCCCACGACUACCCGCACGGAGACCCGUAUGAGAGAGAGCGGGAAGCGUACGGGCACGACUACACGAGGGACUACCCGCGGGACUACCCGCGAGACUAUCCCCGGGAGAGGGAGUACCCGCGGGAGGAACGCGGGGCGAGGCCGCGGGACCGGGAGACUUCGGAAGAGUAUGGCGCGUCCCGCCGCGCGCUCAACGCCGUGUAAUGGUACCAACAGACAUCGAUCUCGCGACCGCUUAUUUGUCGGCUCUAAUUCGGACAACCUAAUGGUUGAGAUUUUAACCCAAUUGAAAGUUAUUUGCAUUAUGUCUACACCGAUAACUUCUCCGGUUCACAAUUUUCUAUUCACAAGAUGGUUUGUUUAACCUGAUACCUAAUGAUAUAACUCGUACCUAUAUCAAGUAGGGGAAAAGUAAUGCAUUGACUUACGGUAGAUGGCUGUAAUGUAAGUAAUGUCUAUAUCUCGCAAAGAAUCCAUCAUCCAUCAGGGUUUCUCCCUGAAAAAUUCUUUGCUGUCUUAAUUAGGUUAGGAAACAAAAUGAUGUAGGAUAUUUGAUCGGACAAUCUAAACCAAGUUAAAUAAAAUCUUGAAGUUAACGUAAAAAUAAUGGAUUUCUUUUUCGUCCACCUGAUAUUUUAGUUAAGGAAAGAUAGAUUAAAUAGGGCCAUUAUUAUGACAUAAUAAUUCAGAGUCGGUUCAGGAUAGUAACAACUGUACGCAAUUUGCAAAACAUCAAUAAUUAGGAUCAUUUCAAUUUGUCCGAAAUAGAUCCACAGUUCUAUAUCUACAAUCUACAUAGAUAUUUUGUCUUUAGUCUGAUUACCAACUACUAACUGGUCGGAAUUGUCUGUUGAUACUAUAACACUUUUCUUUCAGCUCCGCAAUGUAUCUCUACCCGGUUUUGUCAGUAUUUCCGUGUUAUAGCGCUGUUGCUUUGAUUUUAUCGCCAGUGAAGCUAGUGAGAGGGGUGGCUGCGUCACUGUAGGACCCUUGCGCACUGUAUUACCAAGCUUGUGACUUUGUGUUACUAAAAGAAGCAAGCUUUGCCAUUGAAGUUAAUUUAAACCAUUUUUUCCCAACUUGAUCCAAUCAAGACUCCCAAUGGUCUAAUUGACGUGGCAACAAAUGAGGGUUCACAAUUCGUAAGCGGGUGUCCAUGAAGUUUUAUCUAGUUCCAUACCGAAUGGGAAGUUUUUUAUUUAGAACAAGUGAGUACUUAUUGGCUCCUUGCGUCGUGUUUGGUUUGUUAUUGGUUUGUGCUACAUCAAAAAACCAAAAACAUAUUGCACUCAAGGAAUUUAAGAUAGACAUUACAGCUUGGUUAUACAGAGGUGCUUAAUCGAUUGUACACAAAAUUAAAUUGACACGAGUAAAUGUAGUUCUAUCCUCUACAACUGGGUACAGUAAGAUGGGGAUGGAAACAAUGAUAGAUCAGACAGACUAAAGCCCGGUCGUUCAGAGUUUGCGUUUCUGACAGGUCUCAACGCAAAGUCUGCGCGGCUAGGCUUUAUGGUUUGUGUACAAUUGACGGAGCACUGGUGGCUCCAGGGUAAAGACGUUGCCAGACCACAUUAGUGACGUUUUAGUAACUGGCAUCAGGGCACCAAAAUCCAAUAGAAGUCGAGUUGAUAUAAUUGUUGUUUCCGUGUACUCACGCGUUUGCUGACGCUCUCUAGUGUACCGUUGGAUUGACUGUUUAUUUUCUGACUACUACGAUAUGUUUACUUUUGAAAGCGAUUCUGAUUCAUCCCAUAAUAAUCCUAAUGCUAUGCUAAUGCUAUGGAAUUGUGAAAUAAAAAAUUAGAUGCUCAGAAAAACAAAUUAAAAGAAUCUUAGAAGUAGUAGAUAACAUAAACCGUGGUCAUAUGGACAUACAACAAGGGAUCGGGGUAAUUGAGAAACAUAAUAAACAAAAUUGCUUCUUUUCUCUAAUACUUCUACUGCAGAGUUAUCAAUUCAAAUUUUAAAUGAUCUAAACUUUCCUACUUCAGCAGGGCUAUUUUGUAACGAUGUUUCAUAGAGCUUGCAAGUGUGAGUUUUGAAAGUUAAAGAUAAAAUAUAUGAAUUUGAAACUCUAACUUUCGAGUUAUACAGAACAUCGUUACAGAAUAGUCCCUCCAGUUUCUUAUUGUCGAUCGCGGAUAAAAUAGCGUUAUCAAUCGGAAUCGCUUUCAACAAUUAUUGCAUGUCGUGAUGUGAUUGUAUAAGUGUUGAAUGUACAUACGAUGUAGAGAUUGUGAUCGUAUCGGUGGGAUACAUUGCGGACCGGUACGCACGUGGUGCUUCGGUGACGGAUUGUUUUGCGGUUUUUUCGUAUAUCUCAUAAAGCUCGGACUAUACGCUCAGGUGACACCCCGGUUUGAUUAUGUGCAGUACACAUGGGCAAUGCGCGAAAAUCUGUUACAUUACAUACCUACAUCUUAUUAAGUUUAUUCGAAAGUUAUUUAUUGUGCUUGCUUUACAAAGUAAGCUUGUACCAUCUUUCAUAACUGAAUGAACGGGCGAUUAUAAUUUAGUAAUUCAAUUUAAAAUCAAUAAAGUUAUUCGAAUCUUCGAAUGAAGCGACUCAUUUAAUAAUGGUCGAACUUCACUAUGUCCGUUUAAUCUUAUAUAAUUAGAAUUAAAAUAUUUUGGAAAGCCUGCAACCAUCUCUAACGUAGAUGACAUACAGAUUUUAGUUUCUGCUUCGGAUGAAUUUGCUUUGACUCCGGUACUAUGCUUAUAUCACCACACUUUUACGUCAAGCGUUCAAUCAAUUAAAAUGUGUGAACUAGAAGAGAUUUACAUAGUUUAAAUUUAAAGAAACAGUAAGUUAUAAAUAUUUUAGCGCAAAAAACCGGACCGGAGUGCAACCGGAACGUGCAGUCCGAGCGUUAUUAGCAGCGACGCGUUCGCAGCUUUUCUAUAAAUUGUUUCUAUUUGCUGAGCUUAUCGGCACGCUUCUGCGGAGAGCGGUGUAUAAAUUAUUGUAUAUGGAUGGUCUGCUUGAGUUUCUUUAUUAGGGUUAUAAGAAUUAAUAUUGUCUCUAUUCCGAUUGACCUGUUGAUGUUUGACCGAUGUACUUCGGACACUCGGUAGCAGUUUGUUGGGAAAUAAUAAUGAUAUCUAUAUUUUUGGUGGGGAUUUUAUUGCAUACAACGCACUCUUUGGCGACUUUUGCCCAUUUGCCCAUUUGCCCAAGAAGAAAAGAGUUUUUUAGCAUACCUACUUGGUAUAGAGCCUCCCAACACGGUUAAUAAGAGUAUAAAAGGCCACUUUCCAUGUAUUAUUAUUUAGGGAAGCAUUUAUCAGAGUAAGAAGGUACCAUGAUUGAAAGCUUUUAUAGCGAGAAUUUGUACAAAUGCUUUGAUGUGUCAAGUUUUACGACUUUUUAAUGGUCAUGAAAUGGUAUUUGUGUAUGUUUUUAUUAUUUAAAAAAAAAGGUGACGCUGGAAAGAUCAACCAAGUUUUUUUUAACUACCUAACUAACAUGCGAUUUUUAUGAUGAAAUAAGUUAACGGCUUAAUACAAGUGAAAAAGUCUAAAUACGCCUAUAGUUUAGUAAUAGUUUGUUAACCGUUCGGGGUUAUUGAUCAUAAUUAUGUGUUCUUGUAACGCGUAAAGCAACUAAAUACCUUUCGAACUUAGCACGCUAUGUGAAGGAGGCCUCGGGCUACACGUAAAGACGGGUAAUUUUUUUGAAAAGUAUAAAAUAGAGCUUAAGUUGUAUGCAAUAAAAAAGAUACAAAAAUUUUCAGCCUGUAACUUGAGUAUUGAACUUAUUCGGUAAAAGAGGGUAAGGUAUCAAUUAUUGUUCUAAACACUAUUUCUUAAUGGACACACCACACUCAGAUGAGAAAAAAAAUAUUGGUAAAUUCGGUUCGUUUAAUAAAAAUUAAGUACCAACUUAGUUUGACAAAGAUCAUCCGAAGUCAGUCCGAAUGAUAAUCCAAUUUUCUAAAAGCACCAUAGUAUAGAAAAUUUUCACUUUCCGCUUUGCCUCAGUCACGGAUAUCGUUCAAAAUAUAACUCCACUGUGGUGUCUCCAUGAUUAUAACAUCGUACCUACUUGCCUUAUAUGAAACUUUAGCCAAAAAAUUAUUAACUCCAGUACGAGUUUGUAGACUUCGACAACGACAGGUUGAUGUCGAGUUCGUAAUUCAAAAUAAAAAAAAAAUUCUUUAUUCUCUUUUUUAUGUUUAAACUGUAUUCAGUGCAGAUUAACCUAAUUUAAAACAAAUCGAAAUAAGUUAUCGAGAUAUGCGAACUCGUACUAGAGUAACUGGGCCUUGAUUGUCUGUCGAUCUGUCACAACUUAUGUAAAAUGUGCUAUGAAUACGACUUCACCCAAGAGAUGACAAUUUAGAUUUUAAUGUUGUUUGUGUUUUAUGGCUUAAUAUAGUAAAAGUCUACAGAUAAAAAAUGCCAUUUACUGAAAAAUUACCACAAUGUCUAAAUUACGUUGACAUGACCCUUCGCUUCGUGGUUUUCACGUUUAAUCAAACCAUGUAGCAAACGAAACUACAUCGACACCAUUAUGAUUAGGAUUAAAGCAAUGAUUAUUGUGGACAUUCUUACUGUUUUUGUUUAGUACAAAAAUUCAUCGACAAGUUUCAAAUGUAUGUAUGAUUGAAAAUGAACAUCUACUUUAUAAAAAAUAAAAAGAAUUUGUCUUUGAAAGAAAGAAUAAGGUCAUAUUCUUAAUAGUAUAACUUUAAUGUCUGAAUACUUAUCUCUUGCAAGAAGUCUUGGUGAUUGCCAAUUACAUUUUGCACAUCGUUGUGAUUUCGAUAUCAUAUGUUUCGGCCCAAAACACCAAAACUAUUGUAUAAUAUAAUUAUUUCUAUUACUCUGUGCGUUUUUUAAUUUUAUUUUUCAACUUUCCAUUUAAAACGAAAAAGACGUUUUCAAUUUACCUACUUGUAAAGUUUAAGGAGGAAUGGAACUGUGACGUAAUUCAUGCCUUUGACAUUUUCGCAAUCGUGUUUAGCGAUAUGAUGUCACAAAUAUUAUGUCAAAUAUUGUGUAAAUCCCGACCUGGCUGUAGAAUUAAGAGUAGGUUCUGCAACAUUAGAACUUAAUACGAGUGUCCUUACUAGAACUACUUUCGAUAUUCAAACGAUUUAAGGAAACUUGUACUAAGACCUAUUUUUUAUUAUUUUAUUAUGAACAAACAAAUUGACAUUUAAUAUGAUGAUGAUGAUGAUCAUAUUUAAUAUGAUAAUGAUAAAUAACUUCCAAUUUAUUUAUCAACUAUCAAACUUCGAAUUCAAAACUUCAAGUUCAUACUUCAGAAGUUCAUUAGAAUGAACGUUUUCAAUUCGUCGUAGUUAAAUAGAUUAUUUGUAACAUAUAUGAAGUUUAAUUUUCUGACAAAAAAUUAUUAUUGAGUUGAAUUUUAAUUCUGUGGUAUUUAUUUUUAAGUUUACGGACGAAGAUUGGUAAUAAUUCUGUAACUUUUAUUAAUUAACAAAAUAGGGAGCUUCAAUUCUACAGCUCGGUCAGGUGUGAAAUGAGUUUAGGGUUUUGUUUAUGCAAGGGCGGGAAUGUGACGUGAUCUGUGUCUCGAGUGUGACCUUAAUGGUCCUUAUUAAACAUAGAUUAGGAUUUAAACCUCAAAUUUAUUCAAAGUAAAGUGAACUUUAAGCAGUAGUUAUUAGGUCCACUUUACUUUGAAGUAAAUAGAGCUUUAAAUCUUAAUUAAUGUUUAUGAAUAUGGGAGUAAAUUUGAAUUGCCUAACUGGAUAAUAUGUCUAUACAGUUGUUUGGCGGCUUAGCUGAAUAUUGGUGGAAGCAUAUUGGUGGUAGUUUUCUGCAAUAUGUGGUAAUUCUGUUACCUAAAGUGAAAACACAAUUACAGCUUUUGUCAAGUACAAAUUGAGCUUAGAGGUUCUAUGUAAAGAAUAAAAUACUAUGGUGUUAUUUUUAUCCUAACCCAUAUUCGGAAAUACCUAUACUGUAACACCACAAUGAGUAUGGCUGAUAUAACAACCAGAAAGUGUGCAGCUUUCUAAAGCUUAAAGCUUUAAGCUACAAAUUCAGAGCGGAACCUUUCCAAAACAGUUACUUUUAAAGUCGUGUUUCUUUUAUCAGGAUUUGAACUGUACUUACAUCAAAAUAUAGUAAAAUUACUUUAUUUAAAAAUUGUCUCAAUUUUAUAUUGACAUAAAAAUAAGUUUCAAAUAAAAUAUACCCAGAGGCACACUUAUCCGUCCUCUUUAAAAUGACGCGAGUAUAUUAAAGUUGGCGGAUAACAGUGCCUAUUAGUAUAUAUUUUCCGUGCAUACGAAAUGUUGCAAGCGCGUUCGUUACAUCAAAGAUGACCUCACUCGAUACACAGAGCGUCACCGAUACGUUAACUCGUCAAAUUGUAUGUUUUCAUGUUUGUAUGGAUAAUAUCAUUAUUUGUAAUUUUAGCGCCGUUAGAUAUUAUCAGUUCCCCAUUUUUCGAACAACUACAUACUCUUGUAAUUAUAAUGCAUCGUCUGUACUACAUUGUUGCAAUCAUUUGUAAAUAAAAAAUACUUUAUAUAUCUA